AUGGGAUAUGCAGCGGCGGCGCUGUUUCUGCCGCCGGGGACGCAGAUCGGCGGCUCCUCCGCGGCGGAGCUGAAGAGGAGGAGCUCCCUAAUUUGCGGAAGGAAGGGGAGGAGGCCCCACCGGCAGGGUUCUCCGGUAGGUGCCAUCAUCUUCUUCCCCAGGAUCUUCGGGACUUUAGAGAUCAUCUAGAUAGAUUAUCGGAGCAAGUACUGAUCUGUGGGAUGGUUGGUUUUAGGCGGUGGUGGCGAGGCUGUUCGGGCCGGCGAUCUUCGAGGCCUCCAAGCUGAAGGUCCUCUUCCUUGGGGUGGACCAGGAGAAGCAUCCGGGGCAUCUCCCAAGGGCGUACACGCUCACCCACAGCGACAUCACCGCCAAGAUCACCCUCGCCGUCUCCCAAACCAUCAACCGCUCACAGGUGGGCGAUCUUCCCUUCUUCUUCUUCUUCUUCUUCUUCUUCUUCUUCUUCUUCUUCUUCUUCCUCCUCCUCCGGCGAUGGUGAUAGUGUUCAGGGGGUUUCUAAUUUCUGUGGGGCGGUGGCUGCAGCUGCAGGGAUGGUACAACCGGCUGCAGCGGGAUGAGGUGGUGGCGGAGUGGAAGAAGGUGCAGGGCCACAUGUCGCUUCACGUCCACUGUCAUAUCAGCGGCGGCCACUUCCUGCUCGACUUCAUCGCCAAGCUCCGCUACUACAUCUUCUCCAAGGAGCUCCCCGUGGUACGCAAUUACAGAUCGAGUUCUUGAUUAUCUAUGCGUGAAAUGGCCAAGAACAGGCGCUGAUUAGGGUUAGGGUUUUGCCUCCCUCGGCGCAGGUGCUGAAGGCCUUCGUCCACGGGGACGAGACGCUGUUCAGAGCCCACCCGGAGCUGGAGGAGGCCCUCGUCUGGGUCUACUUCCACUCCAGCCUCCCCGAAUAUAACAAGGUCGAGUGUUGGGGGCCCCUUCAUGAAGCUGCCUCCCCCGGCCAUGGCGGCCAUUCCGCCGCCGCCGCCGCCGCCGCCGCCGCCGCCGCCGCCGCCGCCGCCGCUUCCUCCCCUUCCGCCGGCGCGCCGCCGUCGGCCAUGCCCCGCAAAUGUCCGGCUAACUGCAGCUGCUGCUUCCCUCCCCAAAGCCUGAUACCAUGGCCGCAGGAAUUCGAGCAGCCGCAGGCCAUCGCCGGCGGCCAGCAGCAGCCCCAGGCGUGA